GUGGCAAUUAAUCGAUGACUAUUUUCUACAAACCACAAAGAUAUUGGUACCCUUUAUUUAAUUUUUGGUGCAUGAGCAGGAAUAGUGGGAACAGCCCUAAGCCUUUUAAUCCGUGCCGAGCUGGGUCAACCAGGUUCCCUCCUCGGAGAUGACCAGAUUUAUAAUGUUAUUGUGACCGCCCAUGCCUUCGUAAUAAUCUUCUUCAUGGUAAUGCCCAUCAUAAUUGGGGGUUUUGGGAAUUGACUAAUCCCAUUAAUAAUUGGUGCCCCGGACAUAGCCUUCCCCCGAAUAAAUAACAUAAGCUUCUGACUCCUUCCCCCUUCCUUUUUACUACUCCUAGCUUCAGCCGGAGUUGAAGCAGGAGCCGGCACUGGUUGAACAGUCUACCCUCCCCUGGCCGGUAAUUUAGCACACGCAGGAGCAUCCGUUGACCUGGCUAUCUUCUCCCUUCACCUAGCAGGUAUUUCCUCAAUCUUGGCCUCAAUUAACUUUAUUACAACUAUCAUCAAUAUGAAACCCCCAGCAAUCUCCCAAUACCAAACACCCCUGUUCGUAUGAUCCAUCUUAGUAACAACCAUCCUUCUUCUCCUAGCCCUUCCAGUGCUCGCAGCCGGCAUCACAAUGUUACUUACUGACCGAAAUCUAAACACAACAUUCUUUGAUCCAGCAGGAGGAGGAGACCCUAUUCUCUACCAACAUCUUUUCUGAUUUUUUGGUCACCCUGAAGUCUACAUUCUCAUCCUUCCUGGUUUUGGUAUAAUCUCCCAUAUUGUGGCUUAUUAUUCUGGUAAAAAAGAACCAUUUGGUUAUAUAGGAAUGGUUUGGGCAAUAAUAGCAAUUGGCCUACUUGGGUUUAUUGUCUGAGCCCACCACAUAUUUACCGUGGGAAUGGACGUUGAUACACGGGCCUACUUUACCUCAGCAACGAUAAUUAUUGCUAUCCCCACAGGUGUAAAAGUCUUCAGCUGAUUAGCUACCCUUCAUGGAGGCUCAGUUAAAUGAGAAACCCCCUUACUAUGGGCUCUCGGAUUCAUUUUCCUAUUUACAGUAGGGGGUUUAACAGGAAUUGUCCUAGCUAACUCUUCUCUCGAUAUUGUUCUCCACGAUACUUACUAUGUAGUAGCCCACUUUCACUAUGUUCUUUCAAUAGGGGCAGUAUUUGCUAUCAUGGCAGGCUUUAUCCACUGAUUCCCAUUAAUAACGGGUUACACACUCCAUUCAACCUGAACAAAAAUCCAAUUCGCAGUUAUGUUUAUUGGGGUAAAUUUAACAUUCUUCCCUCAACACUUCCUAGGCCUCGCCGGUAUGCCACGACGUUACUCAGACUACCCAGACGCUUACACUUUAUGAAAUACAGUUUCCUCUAUUGGCUCUUUAAUCUCACUUGUAGCAGUAAUUAUACUAUUAUUUAUUAUUUGAGAAGCAUUCGCCUCAAAACGAGAAGUUCUGUCUGUUGAGCUACCCCACACAAACGUUGAAUGACUCCAUGGUUGCCCCCCACCCUAUCACACAUACGAAGAACCAGCGUUUGUUCAAGUCCAACGAAACCUUUAA